CCAAUCAUGACACUUGUUGUAUUGUUGUUGUUUUUGUUGUUUGCUUGUUUGAAUGCGAUGAGAGUUGUGUUGUGACCAUUUUUUAUUUCAAUUUUUUGUUUUAUUCCACCAUCGCGUGUUCCAUGUUACUUUACCUCGUCGCACGUGCCAUUUUUCGCAUUAUUUUUGGAAUUUUCGUUGUUUUAUAUGCGUUAUAAUAAGAAAUUAAUGUAAAGUUUAAUAAUUUCGUGCUUUAUGGUUGUGAUUUAAUCGUUUGACGAUUUGUUACCAAUAUUUUGACUUUCGAUCAAAAUUAUACUUCAUCAUGUCGCAAUCCCACUAUUUGCCUGCAACUCAACCCAUGACUGAUUCGAUUGAAAAUUAUACGCCGCCAUUCGACGUAGAAUGUGCCUGGGGACGUUUUUAUCCUUUAAAUAUCAACAUCUCGAAAUAUAUAAAUUUAUGUCCGAAUGAAUUUACGUUUGGAAGAAGUCCGGAGUGUGACUACACUCUGACCGUCGAAGAAGUUGGCGAAAGGUUUUAUAGCUGUAUUAGCAGCGUUCAUUUUCGAGUUAAAAGAGAGGAACCAAAGAACGGAGUCUUCGUGAUUCUAAUCACCGACUUGAGUUCCAAUGGAACCUUUAUUAAUGGUAAAUGCAUUGGAAGACAUCAGUCGCUCGUUCUUACCAAUAAUGAUAAUAUUGGAAUUGCCGCAUCAACCCAUAAUGUGUUCCUAUUUCAAGAUUUAAACGCUAGUCAGUACUUGGAGUAUCCUAAUGAAAUAAUCGAUCAUUACGCGAUCUUUAAUGUGAUAGGAAAGGGUGGAUAUGGAGAAGUACGACUUGUGUUUAAAAAGGAUACUACUCGAUGUUAUGCCAUGAAAGCAAUUGAUAUUCAAGCUAUCGAACAGAAGAAAGUAAUCGAUGCGUUUAGUGAGGUGAAGAUCCUGAGGCAGCUCAAUCAUGACAAUAUCGUGAAAAUGUCUAAUAUGACUUUGGUCGACAAUCAUAUCUACUUAUUUUUGGAAUAUAUGCACGGCGGCGAUUUGGGUGCCUAUGUCGUUAAGCGAACAUGUUUGGAACCGGAUGUUGCUAAAUAUAUUUAUUUCAAGGUUUUACUGGGAGUAAAUUAUUUACACGAAAAUAAAGUCAUUCACAGAGAUCUCAAACCGGCGAACAUAUUACUAAGUUCGGACUCUAAUCACCCGGAUGUAAAAAUAACAGAUUUCGGUUUGUCCAAAUUUUUGGACGCGCCCGCCUGUGUCAGAACUCGAUGCGGCACGAUGAGUUAUGCUCCUCCUGAAUUACAAUUCUCUGGCAUAAGUUCAACUUAUGAUUUUAGAGCAGACGUAUGGAGCCUGGGCGUAAUCCUGUAUUACUGCUUGAGUGGUAAUCUACCGUUUCGUAGAAAUAAGAAACCUUUCGCUAUGGAUGAUCAGAUAAAAAAUGCGAUUUUUGAUUUUGACGGUGACGUAUGGAAGAAGCAGACUGUGCAGAGAGCCAGAGUAAUGAUCGGGAAAUGUUUACAAAAAUAUCCUCAACAUCGAUGCUAUGUGAAAGAUCUCCUUAGAGAUGAUUGGUUUCGUAAGGAUGAACAAACACGUAAGAAAACGAUGAAUUUAUUAAACAAGGAGAAUGCUUCGUAUGCAUCCUCCAGUGGAGUAGUUAUUGCGAAGAAAAUGAGAACAUGAGUUUACUAUCAUGACCACUUUCCAGUGAUUUAUUUUUUAUUUUUAUAAGACAUUUGUUUAAUACUAUUUUUGUCGUAUUAUGUUCCUGAUUUUGUAUUAUUGUUUUUGUUUUUUUUGAGUGAAUUUACUCGUAGUACAAAUAAACUUUUU